AUGCUAAGCUAAAGAAACGGUGGUAGACGUCGUGUCGUAGAUCGUUGUUUGGGUUCUUAAUUUCCAGAGUAACUAGUCCUGGCCCGUGCGGAAGACCUCCUUACAAUUUUCUCGUAUGUGUCUGGGAUGUAUGGAUGGAUAGUUGACGGAAUAUCGUCGCUGUUUGAGCCCGUUACGGGGCAAAAGUCCACGGAGUGGUCCGGAGAAGCAGGUAGCGAGGAGGGAAGCAAGCGAGCUGGCGUGAAAGCUACAGCUCGGCGGCAGGAGAGCCACGGCAGACCGGUCAAACGGAACUACCAGAGUGUGCAUGUUGCAGAUAAUAUUUGUCAGAGUGACCCAGUACAGGCCAAAAGACGUCGGCGAGAUGUAGUCAUCGGCUUUGUGAAGAAGACGGUAAAUGGAUUAGCAGGUCUACUUAGGCUGCGGAAACCAAGUCAGCCUGAGGAAACACAGCCCGUAACUCUAAUGGGCAUAGAUGAGCUUCACACUUCAUGGCUAAACUACACUGACUGGAGAAUGGACAUACCUGCAGGUGGAGUAAAUGACAGGGGUGGGAAGAAUCCCUUUCAGAGCUCCUUACCUCCUUUAAUGAGAAAAUACAGUGGGACACCACUGCCUGCAGGGCUCCCAGACAGGGGAAAGGAUAGGGAGAGGAGAAGCUCCCUCCAGCUGCUGCCUUCAAGGCCUGCUCUCAGAGUAGGAACUACUAAUCCCGACCCAUCAUGCAAUGGCUUUGGACACAACCGCUGCUACAAGCCCAGUCUGACUGUAGAAGAGCUGCACCAACUGUGUUUUCAUACAGAAAUGCAGCUUCACAGGACAGGUGGGCUGGCAUGACGGUUCAUGCAUCAUUCAGUGGAUCGUUUGAAGCCACACAGUCUGUUAGACGUACAAAGCAGAAACAGGCAGCAGAGGUGGAUCUUUCUACAGAAGUGGCCACUCGUCUUAAUUUAGUGUCACUUAGCGACAGAGACACGUCUGCUGUCAGCCUGACUGAAACACAGCCUACGUAUACAACGCAUGCAAGGCGCGGUGACGAGGACAUACCACUGACUAAAGAAAUGGCAGCAGAGAUAAGUGAAGCUCUGGCUCUGAGUGACCCCAACCUUGUUUUAAGUGCAGCCUUCAAACUUCGCAUCACACAGCGAGACUUGGCAACGCUACAGGAAGGUGGAUGGCUCAAUGAUGAGAUAAUGAACUUCUACUUUUCCCUGAUCAUGGAGCGGAGCUUUACAGAAGCAGGACCAUUAAAAGUCUACUCCUUCAGCACCUUCUUUUUCCCAAAGCUGGGAGGAGGAGGAGGCGGACAAGCUGGAGGCCAUGCAGCCGUGAAGCGCUGGACUAAGGCUGUUGACCUUUUCCUCUUCGACCUAAUUCUGGUUCCGCUGCACCUCGGCGUCCACUGGGCUAUGGCUGUGAUUGAUUUGAAAUCUAAGACGGUGAAAUCAUAUGAUUCGAUGGGCCGGAGACAUGAUGACAUCUGUGUUCUUCUGCUAAACUAUCUUAAGGAGGAACACAAAGUAAAAAAGGGCAGAGAGCUCGACUGUUCCAAAUGGGCUGUAGGGAGUUCAAAGGCUACGGAAAUUCCUCAGCAGAAGAAUGGGAGCGACUGUGGUGUGUUUGCCUGUAAAUAUGCCGACUGUAUAGCUAAAGGGAGGUCUCUCACUUUUAAACAGUGCCACAUGCCACUCUUCAGGAAGGUAAUGAUGUGGGAAAUCCUCAAUCAGAAGCUGCUCUAGUGAACAUAAUCGGUGGAAGCAACAGCUGUGCACGUUGAGUUCACAGAGAGUGAACGGGCCAAAGACCUGGACUUUACCGACUGAAAUGUUCCUCUGAUCUGGAGAAAUUAAACGCGUCUUAAAUUUAGCUUUGUCUCUCUUCUUGUUGGAGACAUUAAAAAAACACUAAUCUCUGAGUUUUAAUUGGAGAGUCUGUUACACAGACUGGCACAAGUGAGAGAAUGGCUUCUGUCGGCUGAGGGUUGUAGUUUUCACGGUUUAUUUACAGCUUGAAGUGCCUUCAGCUCUUUACUGACCUCGGCUUGUUUUUUGUAACUCGGCUUUCUUUAUGAGGAGCUUGGCCAAGAAUUAUUUUGUUUUAGUGGCUGAUCAGUGAUACCCUUACUUUUGGUAAUUUGUUUAUUUUUUCUAUCUAAGUUAAAGAUAAUAUAAGUAUUUAUAUUUAGUCACAAAAAGAUUGAGAAAAAUGAAAAAUCUUAAUUUUUCAGACA